AUGCCUCUCCCCAAUGAGCCUGUCAAAGUCACCGGUGGCUGCUCCUGCGGCGCCGUCCGCUAUCGUAUCAACGUCCCUGCACUGGAAGACCGUCCAUUGAACCCUUUCGCGCCUGCAGCCUUGGGUAUCAAACUCCCUGUCGCCAUGACGUGCCACUGCAAUGACUGCCGUAGAUCGAGCGGCUCGUUCCUUGCAGUUGGCGUACUUGACAUCCCAGCGCCGAUGCUCACCGUCUCCGCUAUGUCACCCUCAUCUGAAUCAAAUAUCGUUUCUGGUCGUAUUCUAGAUGUCCUUGCAGAUGGCUAUGACGCUGCGGAAGCAGAUGCGGACCGUCCUCCAUACAUCUCAGCCAUGGAUGUCCUCCGCGCAACAGGCGAGACCAAAACCUGGUUGCGCUUCUUCCACUCCGUCAAAUGUAGUUCUGAUGUAUCCCGCAGCUUCUGUGGUCGUUGCGGAACGCAGCUAUGCUUCCAUUUUAAACUGGAGCCAGAAUACUGCGCUGAUGGGAAAUUACCUGAUGGUUGGCGGGAUACUUUUCAUUUGGAACUUGGAACUCUGGAUCGCGAAUUUCUCGAGAAGGAUUGGUUCAACCCUGGUAGUGAAGGGAUGUUCAAGUAUGGAACACCUCUGAGUCGAAGUGUUUCCGCGACGGCGAAGGGAUUGAAGGAACUGCCUAAGAUGCAGGAGUUUGAUGGCCAGGUUACUGAGGAGGAGUUGGCAACUUUAAGGUCUUAG